UGGCGCCCAGAGUUCGCCUGCUCUCCGGCGGAGCUGCGUGAGGCCAGGCAGGCCCCCGGCCCCCCCUUCCGGCCGCCCUCGCCUCCUGGCCCUCGCCCGCCAGCGCCUCCACCCGGCUGGCGGUCCCGCGUCGACGCCGUCCGCUACGCUGCUGACCCCCAUCUCGGGCGCCGUCGGCGGGGCCGGGCUCCGCCGGCCUGCGGAUCCCCAGCCGCCUCCUCUUCGUCUACCUCAACGCCCGUCCCGCUUCGCCCGAGGAGGCGGUCCCCCCCGCAGGCAGUCCGGCUCGCAGGCCGCCGGCGUUGUCAUCCCCCGCGCUCCCCCCUCCGGCCCUCCCCGGCGCGCAGCCCGGCCGCUCCCCCUCCUCGCUGCGUCCCGAGCGGCCCCCGGCGGCGCCACCGCCACCCCCCCGAGGCCCGGGCUCGCGACGGCCGAGGGCUCCGUCGGCCCAAGCCGAGCUGGGCGCCCGCGGCCCGGGUGACGCCUCUGCUCCGCCCCCCUCAGCACCUUCCCCGGCCCCCGACGUUGCGCCCUUUCCUCGGCUUCUCUGCGCUCCCCGGCCCCUCUCCAGCCUCUAGUCCCGGCCCCCCGUCUUCUUCCGCAGCCUUCCCUUCGCUCCCUCCCGUCCCCCCCAGCUCCUUGCCUCCAACUCCCUCCCCUUCCACGCCCGCCCUCUCGCCUUCGCCGUCCCAAAGUGGAUUAAUUAUACGCUUUCUGUUUCUCUCUCCGCUGCUCUCUCCCGCUGUGAGCCUGCCCGCCUCUCGCUGUCCUCUCUCCCUCUCGCCCUCUCUUCGGCCCCCCCUUUUCACGUUCACUCUGUCUCUCUCACUAUCUCUGCCCCUCUCUGUCCUUGAUACAACAGCUGACCUCAUUUCCCGAUACCCUUUCCCCCCCUAAAAGUACAACAUCUGGCCCGCCCCGGCCCGCAGACAGCCCGUCCUCCCUAAAGAAUCAGAGAGAAUUAAUCCCCCCCCCCAAAAAAAAGCCAUCCCCCCGUUCUGCCCCGUCGCACAUUCGGCCCCGGCGACUCGGCCAGAGCGGCGCUGGCAGAGGAGUGUCCGGCAGGAGGGCCUUCGCCCGCUGUUCGGUUUGCAAUACGCAGCAGGAAGGUGGGCGGCCCGGUGCCGGCUUUCAGUCAUCAUCAAUGGGGAUCUCAGCGGGAAAGUCGGUGCUGGCGUUUCUCACCUUCUUGGCCUUCGCCUCGUGCUGCUAUGCUGCUUACCGCCCCAGCGAGACCUUGUGCGGCGGGGAGCUGGUGGACACCCUCCAGUUUGUCUGUGGGGACCGCGGCUUCUACUUCAGCCGACCAUCCAGCCGCAUAAACCGACGCAGCCGUGGCAUCGUGGAAGAGUGUUGCUUCCGAAGCUGCGACCUGGCCCUCCUGGAGACUUACUGUGCCACCCCCGCCAAGUCCGAGAGGGAUGUGUCUGCCUCUACGACCGUGCUUCCGGACGACCUCACCGCAUACCCCGUGGGCAAGCUCUUCCGACAUGACACCCGGAAGCAGUCCACGCAGCGCUUGCGCAGGGGCCUGCCCGCCUUCCUGCGAGCGCGCCGGGGUCGCACGCUCGCCCAGGAGCUGGAGGCGCUCAGAGAGGCCAAGAGUCACCGUCCGCUGAUCACUCUGCCCAUCCAGGACCCUGCCACCCACGGGGGCGCCUCUUCCGAGGCAUCCAGCGAUUAGAAGUGAGCCAAAUGUCGUAAUUCUGCCAAGUGAUACCAUCUACCUUGCGCCGUCCUCUUGGCCGGGACCGCCCCACUAAGUCCCUCUCUAAAAUCUCUGUACCAUCCUGUCUGCGGGCCCCCCUACCCCAGCCUCUGUGCCCCAACCUCCCCACGUCAGGCAACACCCCCCUCGGCCCCCUCCACCUGGCCGAGGGGAUCAGAACAACAUCUCUAAAAAUGUACAAAACCAAUUGGCUUUAAAUAUCCCCCCAAAUUAUCACCCCCCAAAUUACCUCCAAAUUAUACAACCAAAAUUGCAAUCAUGAACCCCUUAAUCAGCCCCCUUGAAACGAAUUGGCUUUUUAGCAACACCAGAAUAGCAAACCAGUUUUCCAAAAACUUCUAAAAAAAAAAAAAAUCAAUUGGCUGAAAAAAAAUACUAAAAAUAAAUUGGCUUAAAAACAAUUGGCAAAAAAAAAAGAAUUCGGCCCCCCCCCCCCCUUCCUUCUCAUUCCUUUUGGAUCUGGACUUAAAUUGGCUUUGAUCUAAUCAUUGAAGAGAAAGGAAGGGGCCAAAUUUGCAGGUAGGCUUGUCCCUGCUGGGCAGUUAUCUCCCCACCGCCGCCAGGCCCUCCCCGGGCACCAGCAGUGUGACACCAAAGACCCAAACCCGCUCCUCCAAGUUUCCAUCACUGAGACCAAUACAGAGCAGUGAGGGGACCCCGUAAGACCAGAGGAGGGGAGCACGGAACAGAAACCCCGCAUCGCACUGGUAAAAUUGAAUUGGCAAAAAAAAAAUAAAAUUGAAUUGGCAAAAAAAAAUAAAUAAAUAAAAUAAAAUUGAAUUGGCAAAAAUAAAAUAAAAUUGAAUUGGCAAAAAAAAAAAAAAAAUAAAUGAAUUGGCAAAACACCCCCACACUCCAAAAUCUGACAUCACAAUCCUUACCUCAGAAAGCAAACACAACCCUGCACGCACACACACACACACACACACACACACACACACAUUCAUGCAAACUCACACACAUCCACUCUCACAUGCAUCCAUGCACGCACACACACACACACACAC